AGUUGUGAAUUAAAAUGUGCUUCCUUUUUAUUUGCGUUAAGUGUCGUGAGUGGCCUUCUGUGCGCGUUUAUUGUUGCGCGAGUGUGUGAGGGUGUGUGUGUGUGUGCGCGCACGCUGUAGUUGUGUGAAUGCGCCACUGGGCGAGUCUCGGCCGCGGGAGAAGGGCCGCCAUUAUCGGGAAGCUGGAGAAAAAAAAAAACACACGCGCGCACACUUACACGCGGAGCGAGACACGCGCAGGCAGGCAGGCUCGUGUCAGACGCUGGUAGCCGUCGCCGAACAGCGGACUGAGGCCCCGACCCGCGGCCGGAUUCCCGAGUCCCGAGGAGAGGCGGGCGCGCGAUGGGUGUAACAAAGGGAACGAGAAGCGGGCAGAACGAGCGCGCGGCGAGUCCGCGGGGAGAAGCGGCACCACGAGCCUUGUAACACCCCCACUUUCCUCCGCCUCAACACACACACACGCCACUGAAGAGACAGAGGAUAUAUAGCGUUGCUCUCGGGAAAACACUGAGGACCCCGGGGGGUUCGUUGUCCUGCUGCUCGUCGGGUGUUUUUGUUUUAUCACGAGAAAAAGAAAGAAGAAAAAUGGUACUAAAAACUUCACACUCGUCGUAGAAAUGGAGACGUGAAGAAGAAGCAUACAAUUAGUGAACGGAGCGGACAAAAGGGAGAUACCGUACGACGUGUGUUGGACCUGUAUUUCAUCUCAUUUUGGGCGUCUUCAGUCGUUUUUGGUCGCGAGCCGGCUGGAAAGCCGGGAGCGCUGAGCAGCGGGGAGGAGAGGAGAGCAGGAGGAAUACCAUGGCUGCUCAACACUGAAGCCCUCUUCUGCUUAUUCUGCAUUGCCACAUAGUUGGAGAGAAAAGAUGGGCCAGUGGAGUUACUGCCCAUUCGCCUAAUCCAUACACCAUCCCCCUUUCCCUUACUCCUUUCCCCCUUCCCUCCCUCACCAUUCCCUCCUUUUCUUCCCCAUUCUAACCUACCCUUACACACCUUUUUUGAUGUCUUGAGCCAAUGUUUAAGAUCUAGUAACAAAAAAGAAGACAGUUGUUGCAACAACAUAUAUCAGUUCUUAACUACUGAAUAUCAUUUACAUCUUUGCAAAAGGUGAAGAAAUUUGUAUGGAAAUAUUCCCCAUUUAUCGGCUCUCCCAAGAAUCUGGGCAUUGCAGGAUGACUGUCUGCAUGCGAUGAUGAUGGCAAAAAAACAAGAUUCCCGGGCACCUACCUACAACCUGGUUGUGGUUGGUUUGUCCGGGACUGAGAAAGAGAAGGGGCAGUGCGGGGUGGGCAAGUCCUGCUUAUGCAACCGCUUCGUCCGCCCCAGUGCCGAUGAUUUCUACCUGGAUCACACUUCAGUGCUAAGCACCAGUGACUUUGGCGGCCGGGUGGUCAACAACGAUCACUUCCUAUAUUGGGGGGAAGUGGGCCGAGCGCUUGAGGAAGGGCCUGAAUGCCGUAUACAUGUGGUGGAACAAACAGAGUUCAUUGAUGACCAGACCUUUCAGCCACACCGCAGCACUGCCCUUCAGCCCUACAUCAAGAGGGCAGCCUCUACCAAGCUGGCCUCUGCUGAGAAGCUCAUGUACUUCUGUACAGACCAGCUUGGGCUGGAGCAGGACUUUGAGCAGAAGCAGAUGCCUGAGGGCAAACUAAUGGUGGAUGGUUUUCUGCUUUGUGUGGAUGUGAGUCGGGGAAUGAACCGCAACUUUGAUGACCAGAUGAAGUUUGUCACCAACCUGUACAAUCAGCUGGCUAAGACAAAGAAGCCAGUGGUGCUGGUUCUGACUAAGUGUGAUGAAGGGGUAGAGCGAUACAUCAAAGACUCGCAUACCUUUGCCCUAACUAAGAAGAACUUGCAAGUGGUUGAGACCUCAGCUCGUUCCAAUGUCAACGUGGAUCUUGCCUUCCUCACCUUAGUGCAGCUGAUUGACAAGAGCCGGGGAAAACCCAAAAUUAUACCAUACUUUGAGGCACUCAAGCAACAAAGCCAACAGAUUGCCUCAGCAAAAGAUCGAUACGAGUGGCUUGUCAGCCGCAUUGUGAAAGACUACAAAGAGACCUGGCCUAACAUUAGUUGUCGCAUGCAGUCAUCUUCUGAAUACAAGGAGUAUGUCUUCCUGGAAGGCACAGUUAAGGCCAAAAAGCUGUUUCAGCAACAUGUGUAUCGGCUCAAACAGGAGCAUAUAGAGAGGAGGCGCAAGAUGUAUCUCAGCACCUUACCACAGGCCCUUAUAUCCCUUGUCCCUGACCUCGAUGAGAUUGACCGCUUGAGCUGGUCAGGGGUACAGAAGGUUCUUGAAACUAAGCGGGACUUUAAUCACUGGUUUGUGGUGUUGGAUGAUACUCCCUGGGAUGCCACGGAUCAUAUUGACAAUGUGGAAGAUGAACGAAUUCCACAGGAUCUGUUGGAGACACCAGAAGCAGAGGCCAUCUUUGAAAGCCACCUAGAGCACCUACGCAAUGAGCGCAAGCGAGCAGAAAUGCGGUGGGACUUCAAAGAGAGGCUGAAGGCCUCACCCUUUGUCACACCUGGAAGACCCUGGGAGGAAGCUCGCAGUUUUAUCAUGAAUGAAGAGUUCUAUCAGUGGCUGGAGGAGUCUGAGUAUGUUGAUAUUUACAACAAGCACCAGAAGGAGAUUAUUGACCGUGCUAAAGAGGACUUUCAGGAACUCUUGUUGGAAUACUCAGAACUAUUUUACGAGUUAGAGGUAGAUGCCAAACCCAGUAAAGAGAAGAUGGGUGCAAUUCAGGAAGUACUGGGAGAAGAACAGAGAUUCAAAGCUUUGCAGAAGCUGCAAGCAGAAAGGGAUGCACUAGUGCUCAAACACAUUCAUUUUGUCUACCAUCCUACAAAAGAGACCUGUCCUAACAGCCCAAAUUGUGUGGACAGCAAAAUUGAACAGCUCCUGGCUUCUCGGUUCCCUACACGUUACCCCUUUUUUGAUGCUACCCAAAAGUCACAGUUUGACAGUAAAGUUGACAGGAUCAACCUGGUCAUUCUGGGCAAGGAUGGUCUAGCUAGAGAGUUAGCUAAUGAGAUUCGAGCACUGUGUACAAAUGAUGACCGGUACGUUUUAGAUGGAAAAAUGUAUGAACUAGCAUUGCGGCCCAUUGAGGGCAAUGUGCGAUUGCCUGUGAAUUCUUUCCACACGCCUACGUUUUCUCCACAUGGCUGCCUUUGUCUAUACAACUCCAAGGAGUCCCUGUCUUACAUUGUAGAGAGUAUUGAGAAAAUUCGGGAGUCCACCUUGGGCCGUAAAGACAACCACCUAUUCCAACUUCCUAUGUCACUUCUCUUAAUCACCAAACGGGGAGUGGGAUCAGUCGGGGACAUUGGGGGAGAAACAACGCACAGUCUAAUUGCACAGGGGCAACAAGUAGCCAACAAACUGCAAUGUGGUUUUUUAGAACCAGCAUCUGCGGGCAUAGGUUAUGGGCGCAAUGUAAAUGAGAAGCAAAUCAACCAGGUUCUUAAAAACCUGCUUGAGUCUCGAAAGAAUCCUAAUCAUGGUGGUAGCUCCCCACCUUUACCACUUCCAGCUUCAAGCUUUAGAGACUCCCAACAGCAACAAAACCAUGAAGGGGAUCUUCGAAUUGUCAUGUGCUUGAUGUGUGGUGACUCCUAUGAUGUGGACCAGCUCCUCUCCCCCUUUCUGCUGCCGCAGCACUGCCGACCAACUUCCAGCCUUUCUAGUGGUACAUCUGUGCUUCUGGAGCUGAUGGUUGGUAAUCAGCGACAAUGCAUUGAGUUCUCUCUCUUAUCCUACCACUCAUCAUUUUCCCUACGUAAAACAAGGCUAGUACACGGUUACAUUGCAGUGUACUCGGCAUGCCGUAAGGCCUCUCUGGAGACCCUGUGCGCCUUCCUGUGUGAAGUACAAGACAUCAUCCCAGUGCAGUUGCUAGCUGUGGGAAAGAGCCAGGCAGAACUAACAGACUGUGAGCCUGCCCAGGAGCAAGUUCUCCAGGGGCAGGAGCUGGCACAUGAGAUAGAUGCUCGCUUCAACAGCAUAGUCUGUGGGCCCGGUGGGGUGGUGGGUGGCCUGCACCGAAUUGACCUCUUCCAGCCAUUCUUCAAGGAAGUUGUGGAUAAACGAAACAUUGUGGAGGCCACACACAUGUAUGACAAUGUUGCAGAAGCUUGUAGUGCCAAUGAAAGCAUCCAGUCACCCCGCUGCAGUUCUCCCAGUCCUGUUACUACCUUGGUAGACUCAGAAGAUGAUGUGGAUCCCUCACCUCCGUAUCCUUCCCUGCGGGAUGAUGGCACCCUCACCUCCCAUGGUGGAAGCUUCAAGAUACCUGACUUGGAAGCAAGUGACACCUUUUCUGUCAUCUCUGAGAUUAGCACCUUUGAGAACAAGAUACCGCCCCAGGUGAAGCCCAAGCCUACCCUUCGCAAAGUCAGUCUCGGACCCUACAUAGACUCAGGAGUCAAUCGACGUUCGCUGCCCCCGGCUGUUACAUGGGCACCAGGUGGGGAUGGUGGCUAUGACCCUUCAGACUACGCUGAGCCUAUGGAUGCUGUAGCUAAACCCCGCCCUACGGAGGAGGAGAACAUCUACUCUGUGCCACAUGACAGUACACAGGGCAAGAUUAUCACCAUCAGGAAUGCCAACAAAAUGCACUCCAAUGGCGGUGGAAAUGGCUCGGACAGUGAGGCAGACAGUAGCUCCCUGGAGCGCAGACGCAAGCUAUCAGCCUUGGGGGUAAAGCCCCGGCUAUACCGCGAUCGUUCUAAACGCCUUGGUAAGUUCAGCAGCUUCCGCACCAGCUUUUCCAUCUGCAGCGAUGAUGAGUUUGGAGGUACUCCAAAGGCCAAGGAAGAUGAGGUGGGUGCCCUCAAAGGAGACAACUCCCUCAGUGAGGAGGGUGAGGAUUCCAAGAGGCGAAACAUCCUGAGGAGUCUACGCAGACCUGGGAAGCAGAAAACGAGGCCGAAACCCCGGCACUCCAUCUCCAAACCGAUCGAGAGCAAUUACUUCGGGGUCCCGCUCGUCAGCGUGGUCUCACCUGACCGACCCAUUCCGGUCUUCAUUGAGAAGUGCAUCCGCUACAUUGAGAAUACAGGGCUCAGCACAGAGGGGAUCUACCGGGUCAGUGGGAACAAGGCUGAGAUGGAGAGCAUGCAGAGACAGUUCGAACAGGAUCACAACCUGGACCUGGUGGAGAAGGACUUCACUGUGAACACGGUAGCAGGAGCUAUGAAGAGCUUUUUCUCUGAGCUGCCGGAGCCACUGGUGCCCUACAGCAUGCAGGUGGAGCUAGUGGAAGCAUACAAGAUCAAUGACCGUGAGCAGAGGCUGCAGACCAUGAAGGACACACUGCGCAAGUUCCCCCGCGAGAACUACGACGUCUUCAAAUUUGUCAUCAGCCACUUGAACAAGGUGAGCCAGAAUAGCCGGACAAACUUGAUGACCAGUGAAAACCUCUCUAUCUGCUUCUGGCCAACGCUCAUGAGGCCUGACUUCACCACCAUGGAUGCGCUGACUGCCACCCGCACAUACCAGACAAUCAUUGAGACCUUCAUCCACCAGUGCGGCUUCUUCUUCUACAGCCAGCCCCUUGUGGAGACUCCCAGUGGCCUGCCUUGCCAGCCUGCCUCUCCCACUGCUCUCUCUGGAGGUCCUGCUUACCCAUCCCAGUCCACACCCCCUCUGGCCACACACUAUGUGCCCCAGCAGCAGUCCCCACCCCAUUCCCCGCCCCCUACCCCACAGUCACCACUGCAGUCCCUCUUGCCGCUGCACCCCCACCACACCCCGGCUGAACAACAGACUCUGUGAUGGAGAGAGAACUCAUGAGAGAUGUGAUUCCCCCCCCCCUCCCUUUUUUUUUUUUUUUUUUUGCGCCCACAAGGAAUACGUAAUGUUUGAGCCACUGAAGUAACUCGCCUCUUUUUUUUUUUUUUGGUCUCGUACCAUUCCUCUUGCACUCAUUUCAUUUUUUGUUUCCUCCUGGCAUCUGUCUUUCUCCAUUACUCCUGCCAUAAAAAGGAAACUCAAAGGUUUACGUGUGCACAAAUGAACACUGGGAGCCAGAGGAUGGCACGGCCUGGAAUGGCUGCCUUCCUGUGUCACUGUGGACAAGAGCCCUUCUCCCCCUGCAUCUUGCCCUCCAAUCUGCUGGUGUCAGAUGAAAGCGCAGCCCCCCUGGGAUGGAGUGUAUAAAGGACUUUGUGGAAAAUGGGUGGUGCCAGAAGUCCUGGUAGCAUUUGGACUCAUUGCUGAGCUCUGAGUGAUGUCCCGACUUUAAUCUCCUUACCAUGUUCCUCCGUCAUCCUGUUCCCCUUGACCUCAUGCACCCUUGCUUGGAGAAUCAGGUCCUGAACCAGGCGAGCCCACCCUAGUACACUAGUCCGAUUUGCUCUUUUGUGAGGGGGUUUGGGACAGGUAAGAGAGACAAUAUGUGUGACGAUAUUUGUGGGCAGAUCUUAUCAGAUGAUAAAGAAAAGAACUGGCCUCGUCAUAAGGACCCUUCAAUCCUCCAUCUCUUCCGAGUAGAGCCCUUGCAAUCCUCCACAUGUGGAAGGAGAAAUCCCAGACACUAGACUUGGGAUACUCAGUAGAGAUUAUGAACUCUGGUAGGACUUCCCGGAUGCUCCUUGAAGUUGCCUCCCCCUGCAUCUGCGACAACACUAGAACCCCAGGCUUGCUCACUAAGCUGGAAGACACCCUGCAUAACAGACAGAAUAGUUUUUAAUGCUGUUUUUGAUUUGCUCUGCUAUUUUCUGUUCUUUGUACAGCUCCCUCCAAACACACACACACACACACACCCACCCUUUUUCAAAAGUGUGGGUUUUAUAACUAUGGAUCCGUCUGAGGAGGACCGCAUGUUAGGUAGUCGGGCUCCUUGUGCAGCCACGGGUGGACGGCUUGGCAGAGACCCUCAGUCAAAUCCACAGGAAGUCCUUCCCCUUUGAGCUGCUGCAUUGAUCCCAAAAUGCUUUGCACUACAGGAGUGGGAAAUUGUGGGGGUGGCACACAGGGGGCUAGUUAGGGACACUGAGUAACGGGAGGCCCAGAAAAGCACUUUAAAGCAGAUGCAACACAGAACACAAAUGUUGUGUAAAAUGGACUGUUAGCGUGGCUGGAGAAAUCUGCAUCCCCAUCCUGCUGGGCCCCUGUGCUUUCUUCACCUGUACAGAAGUCCUGAGUAGGAGGUGUACUCACUCGAAGCAGUUAGUUGUCAUGUUCCGAUUUGUGAAAUAAAGCUGGCUCACCAUGGGUUCAGGAGUGAUCGCCAGAAUAAGGCUGAAAUAUCUGUGGGUUUGAUUAAUGUGAUGCUUGAAUCACAGGGACCCUUUGACCAACUGCAGUCUGGAUGCACAGCUGCGUUCUGGAUGUUUGUCCGUGUGUCCGCGCCUGCGCGUGUGUCAAACUGCCGCAGGCACAUGCUGAACACAAGCUCUGAGCUGCAGACAGAUAAGCUCUCACUUGGCGGGCUGUGACAUCGAUCAGAACUGAUGGAGGAGGUGAUUGUAGGAGUCCGGUGGUGAGAUAGGAACUGAGGAUUUAAUAUGGGACGCCAUGCUGUUGACCAGUGUUUGGAAGGAGGCUUCAGUAGGCAGAAGCUGAAAAGAUGAGUAGCACAUGCGACAGUAGCUGGAGGAGUGAUCUUUUUAUUGUAAUGCCUGUUACACAGCCAUCUGCAACUGUAACUCCUUGCUAAGUCACACCCGACUUGCAAUUCUGUGAUGGCGUGGCACCAGGAGAACACUGCAGAACAUUGUAGUGAUGCUUGGGGGGCUGUUCUCCGUGGCGUGGCAUACCUUUUGUCAUGGUGUGCGGAUGAUCAGCAGGGAGAGCUUCAUCGCCUGAGUCGGCAAUCCGCAGACCUUUGUCUCCUGGUGAGCCUCAGCCCUGCAAAAUCUCCUCAGGCAUCCCAUGAUCCUUUGCGGCAGGCCGGUACCCCACCCUUUGCAACCUUGCCGGCAAAGGAGGAUGUGUUCUAAACUGCAGUGAUCCACUGAUUCUUGCCUUGGCUGGGGACUUUGUUCUGCCUGUCUCUGCUCGUCUCCAUGGUGACGGAGGCGGCGGUUUACCCUGGAGCAGCUCUGGCUCACUGAGGAGUGGAGCGUCACCUGGUUGCCAUGGAGCUCUGCCGCCCCCCCCCCCCCCCCCCUUCAUCCUAAGUGGUUGUAUCCCCCGUCACGUCCUCUGCAGAGGUCCCCAGCCAGUCUCAGUGGAUGUGCAGCCCAGUGAGAAAACACCCCAGUGGUUUAAUGAUCAAGACUUGAGACUGAACAAGGGCUGAGAAAAGGGUGUGUGUGUGUGUGUGUGUGUGUGUGUGUGUGUGUGUGUGUGUGUGUGUGUGUGUGUGUGUGUGUGCGCGUGCGAGAGAGAGAGAAAGGGAGAGAACACAAGAAAGGGGGAGGGAGAAGUCCUACACCGUAAUUGAUGGGUGUAGGAUGACAGGUUGAUCCAGCACAGAUUUAGCGUAGCCAGGAGCCUGUAAAGGGGGUCCACCACCACUUGAUCUUAAAAGAGCCAAUUAAAAAUGAGCCCAGUGGGUCACAGCCGCUUGGCAGUAGAAUCAACGCUGAGACCAACUGAAUGUCAUCCAGAAUGAUAGAGGAAAAGCCUUUUUUAAAGUUUAAAACAAAUUACCACUGAAUGUCACCUGGUUUGCAAAACUAGAGCUUUCUGGGUAGAGUGCCCAAACGGCUGUGUUGGUCAACCUCCAGCAACGGGCAUGUAACUCAUCUGAAGGCCUUUUUUCGGCCCACCCCUCCCUUGGCAGCCUUCAAUCGGAUGAUGGGUCCACAGUGCUUUGUGUGAGAACACACUGAUGCCACCUGCCGGACAGAUACCUGCAGUGUGACCUGCAUGAUGUUUGAAAGGAAGGUGGGCCGACAGGGAUGCCUGCAGAGGUCUUCCCCUGGUCCCUGUGACAUUUCAAACACUCAGGACUAAAUUCUGUAUUUGUGCCACAUUAAUACCCUUCGUUGCAUUGCUGCAUUUGCCGAGUUGUCCGGCGAACAGCCCUGCUGCCCUAGUGAUGCACAGAACACUGUCGCAACCUGUGCGUCCAUCCAGUGUUUGACAUCUGUGCUGAUGAUUAACCGCAGCACGGGCAAUGCAGCUUUGACCUCACACGGGUCACACUGAUGUUUACCCGAACAUGUCUGUGUAGGAUGUUAUGUGUGAGGCGCAUUCGGACGGUACAGUUGCAUCACCGCCAAACUGCAUGUUCUAGCUCUUAGCAAAAAAGCCAAAAAUUUUCUGCUGGUUUAUCCUUGCUACAAUACACCUCUUGCUUAGAAAGUUAUAAAUUGGAUACCUAUAUGGGCGUAGAAAUUGUCUUUGUAAUGUGGAAAAUUUUAGUAAAUGGACAGGAAAUCUGCUUAUGUGUAACCCUCAAUGCUCGAACAUGCUGAAAAUGAGACAUGUUUGCUCAUUCGGAUUCAGAGCUCUUGAUUUGAAUCUGAAGGGUUUAGGACACUGGAUGGUGUGUGUGUGUGUGUGUGUGUGUGUGUGUGUGUGUGUGUUUGUGUUUGCACCCUGAUGUGCUGGAAAGAUUGCUGACAGGAUGGCCCUGUUGUCCCAAGUCAGAGUUUUAGCUCGGGAGCCGAGGGAAAAGAGGAGCUCAGCCGCCUGUCCACUCUGCACUUUGAGCGUAGUGGUGUUCUGUGUUCAUCCCACUUUACUGAUGCUUCACGCUCAUCGAUUCUGCUUUUCUAAAGACUGCAAAUAAGUUUUGCUUCCCCCCUCCCCCCACAACUCCAGUGCCCGGUCGAACAGACGAAUAGCGCAUCAAACCUGCCGCAUAUAAUAGCGGUCACAGUUCUUUAGGUGCGCUUCUUUGAGAACUUUAACUCUGGCUUCCAAUGCAUUGUGUCCAGCGGUGCUGCUGAACCUUUGUUAGUGUUCAAUGUGGACUUUGUGUGAUCAUCGCUGCACUUGGAAUUUUUUCAAGCAGAAUCUGGCCGUGGGGAUUCUGAAAGUAGAUGCCGUGCUGCAUUUGCUUCGGAACGGAGUGACUUGUCGUUGUCUUUUGGGUAUCCAGGUAGGGACUGGACAAUUGAAAUGGGCCUUGGGAAACAAGAGUCUGUUGUUUUUGUUGUCUUGUUGCCAUCUCAACCGCUUGGCAGUUGGUAGCCCUUUGAGCAUGAGGUUUGGACCAUGGUGCUUUCUGCUUCCUUUUUCCUCCUGAUUGCUGCUUUUUUCUGUCUGUCCUGCAUUUGUCUUAAGUGCAGAUUUACACGAGCUCACUGCUCUGUCUGGAAUUUAAGCGGUGACCUUUCCAGCUUUGUGUGUGUGUGUGUGUGUGUGUGUGUGUAUCUUUGAUUGGCCCCAACUAGAAGGGUAAACAGGGAGCCAGCCAAUGAUAGUCCAGCCAGCCUGACCUUUGAGCCCCCCAGCGUUUGAGCCAUUUUUUUAUGCGCGCACACACAAGAGAACAUGGUCGUUGCUCACAAUCAGUGUCGUCCCUGAAACGACAACUGCAAAGUGCAGCACACAUAAAAGCCAAAUGGGGGUGUUGCUUUUUUGGCUCAGCAUGUGGAUGUGGGGUCCAGCGGUGGGACACUUCUGUCACGUCUGCUCAUCUCUUGACGCACACAGAGCCAAUGCAGCUCUGUCGCUUGUCUCCAGGACAGGGGUGUCAGCAUGGCCACAGAGUCACUUCCAUAGCUCUACACUACCUAUGUCACGUAUGCUGGUCUCUCCCGCUUCCUGAACUGCUCGAGUCACCGUGGCUCUUACUUGAAGAACUCUUGCUUGUAAUUAAACUGUAGAAAGAAAAAAAGUCCACCUUCACUGUUAGUCCCCUUGUUUUUAUAAACUUUGUUCUGUUUUUUUUUUUUCUUUUUUUUUUUUCUUUUGCCCAGAGGGAGAUUUGAAGUGGCAUUUUGGGAGAUGGAGGGUUUGAAGGGAAACACGAAGGGGACUCCAAACUCUCCGGUACUUGUAUUUUUGAAUGCCUUUGACGCAUUCUCUGUGUCUGAUGAACGAACACCAAACAAGACUCUGAGCACAGAUGAAAAUGCUGCAAAAAAAAGUGGUGGGGGGAGGUGGGGUGGGGGACUGGAAAGAGGUAAGGUAAAGAAAAACAAAAUAGAAUAAGACUUGUAUUAAAAAUGUGACAAUGGUUCAGCGAUUUUCUGUGGCUGCCUCACUUGUUUUUCUUUACUUUUGCAACAAUGGUGACAGAUUGUCUGUUAAGUUAAAUGAAAACAAGCAAGCUAUAUUCAAAUGGUUGUUUAUUUGUAUGUUAGGGGUCUAACACUUUGCCCUUUAGUUGAUGGUGAUAGCAAGCAUUUCUUUUAUGUUUUAUUUUAAUAAUUAAAGAAAACAUUUUUUUAACAAUUUUGUGAAUGGUGUUAAGGCCAAUUCAGUAUAGUGCAUGAUUUAAUCCAAGCCAGGGAGAGGGAAGUACCACUCUCAGUAUUAAAAAAAAAAAAAAAAAA